CUCCUCCUCCGCCUCCCUGGCUGUCUGCAGGCCAAGCUCGGCUUCCGACAUCGACAUGUUCGCCAAGGGGAAAGGAUCGGCGGUGCCGUCGGACGGCCAGGCCCGGGAGAAGCUUGCUCUUUAUGUAUACGAAUACUUGCUACAUGUUGGCGCCCAGAAAUCUGCACAGACGUUCCUGUCUGAGAUAAGGUGGGAGAAGAAUAUCACAUUGGGGGAACCGCCGGGCUUCUUGCACUCUUGGUGGUGUGUGUUCUGGGACUUAUACUGUGCUGCUCCAGAAAGGAGAGAUACCUGUGAACAUUCAAGUGAAGCAAAAGCUUUCCACGACUAUAGUGCGGCAGCCGCCCCAAGCCCAGUGCUUGGCAACAUUCCUCCCAACGAUGGGAUGCCAGGAGGACCCAUUCCCCCCGGCUUCUUCCAGCAGGGUCCACCAGGAUCUCAGCCAUCCCCUCAUGCACAGCCACCACCUCACAACCCCAACAUGAUGGGUCCUCACAGUCAGCCUUUUAUGUCACCUCGAUAUGGCGGCGGGCCCAGGCCGCACAUAAGAAUGAGUAAUCAGCCACCAGGUGGAGUUCCAGGAUCACAGCCCUUAUUACCAAACUCCAUGGACCCGACCCGACAAGGACACCCUGGCAUGGGAGGACCCAUGCAACGGAUGAAUCCACCCCGACCGAUGGGCCCCAUGGGUCCUGGACCUCAGUCUGACCCUUGGUUAUCAUUGCAGAAUUAUGGAAGCGGGAUGCGGCCUCCACCCAAUUCAUUAGGUCCCGGCAUGAACAUGGGUCCAGGAACAGGCAGACCAUGGCCAAAUCCAAAUAAUGCAAAUUCAAAUCCGUACUCUUCCUCGUCACCUGGCACAUAUGUGGGGCCCCCUGGUGGCGGAGGACCUCCAGGAACACCGAUCAUGCCCAGCCCUGCAGAGUCGACAAAUUCAAGUGACAACAUUUACACAAUGAUAAAUCCAGGACCCCCCACAGGGAACCGGUCAAAUUUCCCGAUGGGACCUGGUUCCGAUGGCCCUAUGGGAGGAAUGGGUGGAAUGGAACCUCAUCAUAUGAACGGGUCAUUAGGGUCUGGAGACAUGGACGGACUUCCUAAGAAUUCCCCAAACAACAUAAGUGGCAUUAGCAACCCUCCAGGCACACCACGAGAUGACGGAGAGUUAGGAGGAAACUUCCUUCAUUCCUUUCAGAAUGACAAUUACUCUCCCAGCAUGACUAUGAGCGUGUGACACCAGUGACAACUCUUCACUCAGCUGCUGCUUUGGAAGAUUACUGAGAUUGCCGGAGACCGUUGUCUGGAGUUGCAGAAGAGGAUUAAACAGCUCCUUCAGUUUGGUUUCAUGCAAUAAAAAGCCAAAACUUUUUAUUCCAUCAAACACAGUUCAAAAACUGUCAAGACAAGAAAAUCCUUCUCAGAGGAUUUAUAUCUGUACAUAAAACUUUUUUUUUCAUUUUUUUUUUAAUUUGCAAGAGAAGGAAAUUUCAAGUUAUGAAUAUGAUUGCUGUGUACUUUUUAUAUUCCCCUUUCCCCCCCCAUUGUUCUAUGUCUGUGACGUGAUAUUCAAGGAGAAUAGCUCAAAUAGGAAAAUUCAUGUGUCUUUAGUUUUUAGCUUUUAUUUUUUUGUUGAAUGGACUGAGGUUUUCAGUUGCCCACUUCCCUCCAAAGAGAUUUCUGUGCAGUCCCGGACCUCUGGAAAUUAUUAUUUUUUAUUUUUGUUUUCACUGUGCAGAAGCGGUCAGAACUGCACCUCUUUACCUCAUACAAACACUUGAUCUCCUGUUUAAACACCUAAGACUAUGUAUGUUUUUGUUUUUUCUUCUUACCUCUGCGAGAGAGAGAGAGAAUUUACCACAAGCUCCCAGAAUCAAGAGGACACACUCGGCGCACAAAGGGAUUUUAUAGGACCGUGCGGUGACCGGCACCGCGCCACAUUUUUACGUAGCGGUUGCAGACUCUGGACGGGUGAAAAACAUUCAUUUGUGAGGCGGCUUGGUGCGUUUCGGAGCUUCUGGCGCCACAAAACAACGACCUUCCCUCAUACACUCCUGCUGCACAGCUGCCAUCGACCUUACAGAUACGACUGCCUGGUCUGUUCCCCGUCACACCAUUGUUGGCCCAGAACAACUUCAGCUGACAACACAACACUGUAUUUUAUUUUUAUUUCUUUUCCGAGUAACUCAGAAUUGGGAACUUUGAACGCACCUACACAUGACUUCGCUGGUCAUUUGCUCAAUAAAAGGGACAGUUUGUGUAGGAUGUUGGAGUUUCUGAUCAUAAUGUCAGGUUUUUUUUUUUUUUCUUCCUCUUUGUCCUUUUUUAUUUGUCAGGAGUGACUGGAAGGAAGGAACAAUAGCAGCUCCUCUCAGGACAUUGUUAAAAAAGAAAUUCCUUGUGUAUUCGAAAAGGGAUAGUUAAAUUAUUGUCUCUUGGUAUGGGACAGCUUGGAAUGAUAUGGUAAUUUUUUUCCGCCUCCAUGCUGUAAUAAAUUUAAUAAAUUCAAA